AUGUCGGUUGUCACAGACCCUGGUCUGACUGUGAGUCCCAGCAGAUCUCAGUUCUUUAGAGGAGACUCUGUGUCUCUGAGCUGUGAGGAGGACAACAGCUCUGCUGGAUGGACUGUGAGGAGAAACACAACCAAACGUCAGUCUGAGUGUAAAGAUGGAUGGGGAGUACCUGAUGGUCUGACCUGUAAGAUGACCUACAUGGAAACAGAUGAUACUAGAGUGUACUGGUGUGGAUCAGUGAUCCUGCAGAGUCCUGUCCUCCCUGUGAUGGAGGGAGAUGACGUCACUCUGAGCUGUCAAACAAAGACUCCCUCCAACCUCCCAGCUGCUUUCAUUAAAGAUGGCUCCCUCAUCAGGACUGAGUCUGCAGGUCACAUGACCCUCCACCAUGUGACCAGCUCUGAUGAAGGUCUCUACAAGUGUUUCAUCAGUGGUCAUGGAGAGUCUCCAUCCAGCUGGAUCUCUGUCUCAGAGAGACUCACCAGCAUCUUGGUCUCCACAAACUCGUCAGGUUCUGGUUCUCCCUCCAGUCCUCUGGUGACUCUCAUCACAUGUGGUUGUGUUCUGGUUUUCCUGGUGUUCCUGGUUGUACUACUGAUACAUGUUCACAGCAAACCUAAAGACAAUAAACGAAGGAAGGAAGAAGAUGAAAUCACAUACAGCGAUGUCAAAAUAUCCCAGAGUAAACCACAGAAAACCAAACCAAGAAAAGAUGACGACAAUCCAGCUGCAGUCUACUCAGCGGUGAGAACAGGGGAAGUGACUUAUGGAGAGAUAGUCAUCAAGAAAAAGAAGGAGAAGUCAAAGACCAGAGGUCUCAUCUUCUUUAAGUGGUUCUUCUUCUUCUGGGGUUUAUUGAUGGUUGGCAAAAACCUGAAGUUGCGCAUUGCCACCACCAGCUGGUCCUUCCCCUUGUUACACAGUGAAAAUGGAGGAAGUUACAUGGCACUUACUACUAUAGAGAAAUGACCUGGUGUUGUUACAUGUUAAUCAUCUGGGGGGGGCACCUGGGGGGCCAAUCCGAUUUCAGGGGAGUCCAGUGCCCCCCCGGCCCCCUCUCUAGCUCCGCCUCUGCUUUUGGACUCCGUGAGAGAAGGCGCUGUGGAAAACUGUCAUGAGAUAGAGCCUGUUUUCUGACGAUUGUUCUGUUACCUUAAUGCAGGAGCAUUAAAUGUGCCUUCAAGUGA